AUGUUGGUAUUACUGGAAGAGCCGCUGAAAGAUGCUGGCUUCAAUACGUUGCAGUUGGAUGCAUCAACGGAUGAAAGAGGACAAGCCGAAAUAAUCAAGGAAUUUGGAUCUGCAAGACCAGGCACGGUUCUUCUUGCCAGUCUCAAGACUUCAGUAUUCGGCAUAAACCUCACAGCUGCUUCCAAAGUCUACCUGUUGGAGCCAUGGUGGAACUCAGCUGAUGAGGAACGGGCAAUAAACUGUGUUCACCGAUAUGGACAGAAGGAGAAUGUAAGAAUUGUUAGAUUAAUUGCUCAAAAUAGCAUCGAAGAAAGGAUAUUGGAGAUGCAAGAAAGGAAGAAACUGGCAAGUGAAGCUUUCAGAAGGCAAGGACAGAAGGAACGACGUGAGGUUAGCAUAGAUGAUCUCUGUAGCCUCUUAUCCUUCUGGACCUGA